CCUGCCAUUCCGAGGGCUACCGUUGAGCGAUAAGACACGUGAGAGUGUGUGUAUGUGUGUGUGUGUCCGUCCAUAUAGAGGAGUGGGUUCUGCGGUCUUUCAGUUGUUAUAAGCAAACAUUUUGAACGCAUUUGCAGAGCUGGCCGGCAAGACAAAUCCAAAAUAAAAAGCAAAAAGCAAAAAAAAAAAAAAAAUGACCAAAGCAAUGUGAAUAAUACCAAAAAAUGAAAGUAACGCCAAACAAUAAGGUGCCAACAACAACAACAGCAGCAACAUUAACAAAAGAAACAACAUCAUUAACAACAAGCGCCUCGAUAGUUAAAAAAUUAGACAGCGAAUCAGAACCCAUUAUAGAUAUAGCCAAAACUGACAGAUCAAGUGCCACAGCGAACAGCUCAGCGCCCGCAUCGUUUGUGCUUAAAUGUUUGUUGCGUACCGCGCGCUUUAUGUGGCAAGUGACAACGAUACCCUCUAAAAUUGGUGAUACCAUAGGCACACUGUACCGCUAUGCCCAGGACUCGGUCGAUACGUUUCUAUGCGUAGCUGGUAAGGCGCGUCGCAAAGAGCGCGAUGGCGAUCAAAACUCAACAGACACCAAAUUGUAUUUGGAGGAGAGCGUCCUUGAACGCAAACUACCUGAAGCUGAUCUCAAAGCCCUUGUCGAUCUUCCAGCUGGCUUGGACUACAAUGAAUGGCUAGCCUCACACACUCUGGCUCUCUUCGAGCACGUGAACUUGGUCUAUGGAACUAUUAGUGAAUUUUGUACACAAUCCGGCUGCGCCGACAUGACCGGACCGGGCAACAGAACGUACUUAUGGUUCGAUGAGAAGGGUAAGAAGACGCGGGUCGCAGCGCCGCAGUAUAUCGACUAUGUGAUGACCUUUACACAGAAAACGGUCAGCGACGAGUUGAUCUUUCCAACCAAAUACGCGAACGAGUUUCCCGGAUCGUUCGAGUCGAUCGCCCGAAAGAUUUUACGCUUGCAAUUUCAUGUGAUAGCGCAUCUGUAUGCGGCGCAUUUCAGAGAAAUCGCGCUGCUCGGCUUGCACACCCAUUUAAAUUUGACGUUCAUGCACCUCACAGCGCUGCAUCGCCGCUUCAAUCUGAUCGACGAGAAGGAGACGGACGUGCUGCGCGAUCUGGAGGUGGCGCUCCGAUUGACCGACGACAACAGUGUCUGCGGUCAGGAUUCGCAAACCGAUUCCGGUUCAGCAUCCGCCUCCGCGUCUAUCUCGGUCUCUGGCUCCAAUAGUGAGCAGCAGCAGCAGCAACAGUCGCAGCUGCAACAGCAGCAGCCGCACAACAACAGCAGCAGCAACAGCAACAAUAGCAACAUUAGCAAUUCCUCGGCCGAGGCGCUGCAUGUCAAUUCACAAAGCAGCUGUGGCACAUCGCUGAUUGACGGCGACGCCGCAGCCCCGCCCAUCUGCACGCAACCGGAGCCGGGCGCAGGCGGCAAGCCGCCCGGCAGCGGCGGCCUACUGGGCGGCAUUCUGGGUGAUUUAACCAGCGGCGAAUUCGGUGAUACAACGCGCUACUGCACCUCGGCAGUUCCUCCUCAUGCAACAGCAGCAGCAGCAGCGGGCACCGAUGCCAGCGGCCACGCCUCGCCGGCGAAUGGGGCAACCAAUGGUGCGGCUGGCGGUGCAUUACAUUUAAAUUUUAGCAACAAUAACAGCAACAACCACAAUUUGAAUCACUUGAACCACCAUCAUCAUCACCACACUCAUCACCAUCACCACCAUCAUCCGCACACUCAUCUGCACCACCUGCAUCAGCAUCAUGGGACGGCAGCAGCGGCGGGGCCGAUGACUGCAACGCCGACUGCACAGCAUAGCGGGCUCAUACAGUGCAAUGCAGCGGGCGCUGCGACAGCGACAGCGACGGUGACGUCGGCAUCGGCGUCGGCAACAGCAGGCGGCGGUGGCAGCGGCAACAGCAACACAUAG